CGGCUGUGUCACAUCGCUAGCUGUUCCUUGUAAUUACAGGAAGUUUGAUUCUUCAGCACGGUUACAAACACACACUGCAGAGCUCUUUAUUACAGAGUGAUCUUCAACAGAAUGGCAAAGCGAAUGGAGGACGAUUGGGAAGACUAUGAAAAUGGGGGGAGAAAGUCACCGAAAAAGAUGCAUAUCAAAAAUGGUGACAGCAUUCAAACACAUUGUGGAAGCAUAUUUCGAAAACAUGGGCAACAGAUUCAUAAUCCAAAUAUGCACUAUAACUUCACAAUGGACCAAAAGAAAGAUUGUACAGCACUUUCUCCAAACUUGGUAGGAACCAGCGUAACUGGUGAUGUGAACAUGAACCUACAUGUGUCGCAGGUGUCUCGCACUACUUUUGUGAACAAAAACGAAGUUCUUCAGAACAUAAAGAUUAAGAUGAGAUCAAGAAUGAUGCAUAACUCCAAGUGGAUUUUGCAAGGAAUUGCACCAAAGUCUGUCUGUCUGAACAAGAUCUACACGCAACUGUUCAUCAUCAAUGACGAGUCGGACCCCAUCAAUAAAGAACAUGAGAUCUGGCAGAUGGAGACGACACAGGAUUUAAACACAUCAGCCCUGACGAUCAUCAACUACAAUCAAAUCCUUCAGCUGCCCACAGAUGAGAAGAGAGACAUUAAGACCGUUUUGAUGAAAGGAAUUGCUGGAAUUGGGAAAACAUUGACCGUCCAGAAGUUUGUCUUCGACUGGGUGAGCGGAGAAUCAAACCGAGAUCUAGAGUUUGUGUUUCUGUUCCCAUUCAGAGAACUGAACCUGGUCAAAGGAGAAAAGAGUCUUUUCGAGCUGAUUUGUGUGUUUAACCCUGAGUUUAUGGAGGCUAGAGAGAUCUCUGAAUGGAUCUGUAAUAAGAAAGUUCUGUUCAUCUUAGAUGGUCUGGAUGAAUAUAAAAAGGAUAUCAACUUUCAGAACGACCUUUUGUCGGAUGUGACCAAACAAGCCACAGUUGAUGUCCUUCUAGUAAAUCUUCUGCGAGGAAAACUUCUCCCGUCCGCACACGUGUGGAUCACCAGCCGACCCGUCGCCGCUGGACAGCUUCAGUCUGAGAUCUUCAAAAAUGGGAACAUCACACAGAUCAGAGGAUUCACAGAUGAGCAGAAGCAGGAGUACUUUACCAAGCAGUUUAAGGAUCCAGAGCAAAGAAAAGAAGUCAUCCGUCACCUGAAGUCUCAAAAGAGCCUGUGGAUCUUGUGCCACAUACCUCUGUUUUGUUGGAUUUCAUCCAUGGUUCUCAAAGACAUCAUCGAAAACCAAAAUGAAGAUAGAAUAAUGCCCUCAAAUCUGACAGAAAUGUACACCCACUAUCUGCUCAUUCAGACUGGACUGAGCCACAAGAAAUAUCAAGGUAAAGAUCCGUCUCAAGAAGUCGCUGUCAAGAAGCAAAAACUAGAGCUGUCGCAGAAACAUCUUCUCAUGCAGCAUAAAGAAGUGAUUAUGAAACUGGCAGAGCUGGCAUACAGGCUGCUGAAGAAACAGAACGCCAUCUUUGGAGAGGAAGACUUAAUGAAACACAAUCUCAGCGUUGAUGAGGCAACUCAGUAUCCUGGCGUCAUUACCAGCGUCUCAGAGAUCAAAUUCUUGUUUUAUGAGACCAAACUUUUCAGCUUUGUCCAUCUCAGUGUCCAGGAAUUCUUUGCAGCAAUGUUUGCAUUUCAGGAAUAUCUCUCAGGAAAACAAGACUCCCUGGAAUUAAUUACAGCUAAAAAGAGACAGAAGUCUAAUUUAUGUGGUUUUCUCAAAAUUCUGAUUGAUGAGGCCUUGAACAGCAAAAAUGGACACUUGGACCUUUUUAACUGUUUUGUCUUUGGGAUUUCCUGUGAUUCCAGCAGACAGCUACUUGAAGGAUUCCUGCCUCCAACCUGUAGAAAUAGCUCAGACGAUCACAGAAAGGUGGCCAUGUACAUUAAGUCUUUAAAGAGGAAAGGUCUGUCUCCUGAGAGAUGCAUCGGUCUUGUUCGUUGUCUGGUGGAGCUCAAGAACCGGUCAUUUUUGCAAGAAAUGCCUGAGCUUGAACGCUCACAGUGCAAAGAGCCCCUCACACCGUUCCAGUGCACGCUUCUGGCUUUCCAGUUUGUGAUGUCAGAUACCAAAUGCCAUGAGUUUGACCUCAGGAAAUACAACAUCAGCUUAGAUGGGUUUCAGAGAUUCUCUCCAGCCAUCACGUGCUUCAGAAAGGCUCUACUCAAAGGAAGCAGCUUGAACGAGCAGCACUGUGAGAUCCUGGCACGUUACCUGACAUCUCCAAACUCUCAUCUGACUCAUCUCGAUCUGAGCCACAAUGGUUUGGGUCUGUCUGCCCUGAAGUACCUUUCCACAGCGCUCUGUGAUCUCAACUGCAAGAUUGAGAUUCUGAACCUCAGCCACAACAACUUCCAGAGUCAGGACAUGAAGCAGAUCUGUAAAGUGCUUUUAGGACCAAAUGUGAAUCUGAAGGACCUGGACCUCAGUGACAAUCUUUUACAAGAUCCAGGAGUGGAAAUACUUUUAGCUGGACUACAGAGUCCUAAAUGUCAUCUUGAAGUUCUGAAGCUUUCAGGCUGCCAAAUUAAAAGAGUAGUUCGACAGCUGGAUUUAACUUUAAAGCACCAUCCAUAUCUGAGAGAGCUGGACCUGCGCUAUAAUGAUUUUGGAAACAUUGAAGAGAAUCUGAGUAUUUCCACUGAAGGUGAAUGCAGUCAGCACCCAGACCUGGAUAAAUAUUUCAUUGCACUGACCUUUGACCCACGGACAGUUAAUGAACACCUCUAUCUGAGCGAGAACAACACUAAAGUCACUCGUCGGAGAGAGAAACAACAGCUUCCUGAUAAUAACGAGAGAUUCGACAAGUGCAACCAGGUCCUGAGCCGCCAGCCUCUGAUUGGACGACGCUUCUUUACGGUGGAUGUGAUUGGACAGGAGGUGCAUGUGGGCGUGGCCUGUAAGGCAAUGCAGAGGAAGGGAGCGAGUGACGCCGUAUGUCUGGGACACAAUAAGUUCUCGUGGAGUUUAUGUUUGUCAGACAAUUCAUGUGUGGCUCGUCACAACAAUAAAACUGUAUUAAUUCUGUCAGAGUCCGUCAGACGACUGGGUGUGCUUGUGGACCAGGACGCUGGUUCUGUUUGCUUCUAUAUGUUGAGUCCACAGCGUAAAGUCUUGUAUGUGUUUGAUGCAGAUUUUCCUGAGGAUCAGGAGCUUUACGCAGCCUUCAGGAUUCAGGAGCCAAACAGUGAAGUCACUAUAAAUGUGACUACAGUUUGUGCUUAAUUUUUCAGAUCUGGAGAGAUCAGAAACAACCAGCUGGUAACCAACAAAAACAAGCAGCAAAUGACAUCAUUCAUCACGAACACUGAACUUCUCAUAAUUCAUCAUAUCUCAACCAGAACGGAGUGACUGCAGAUCCAAAAUUAGGAUGAGUGUGUUUCUUCAUCAGAUUUGGAGAAAUGUUUCGGCAUCAGUGUUUCAGCACUGCUCUACGGUGAAGGGGUGCCAUCAUAAGUUCAAACCGCUGAAAGAAAAACAGCAGUCCAAUUCAUCAGUAAUCUUGAGAGAGACAUGCACUGCGUUCAUAUUCUACUUUUCUGUAGCCACAGAGUAGGUGGAAGCGGUCAAAUCAGACAAUUAUGAAUGAACACAGGACAGACUCAAUGAUAGCUGAGUAGAACUGUUUCAGCAGAUCCUGUGACAGGUUGAACUUACUCAGCUGAUGAAGGUAGAACAACCUGCUGGGCCAUCGAAGCAAUGGAAUCUAUGUGAGUGUCAUACUUCAAGUCCUGAGACAUUGUGUUUCCCAGGAAUCUGAAUUUCUCUGUCACCUUUAUUAAUUAUUACAAUUUUAACAGUACAGAUUGUGUCAACGCAUUAUAAUAUCAAACAGGAGUAUAGUGCAUCAGUAAUAUAACACGACAUGAUUAAAUGCUCAAUAUUCAGUUAAAAGCAUUUCAAUUUUAAAGUCAGAGAUGUCAAGAUGUCUGAGUGGCCCAACUCAGUUUAGUUUAAAUAGUAUCUGUGCAAUCAAAAAAGUGUCCCCAACUAAGCAAACCAGAGCCAGACCCAGCAAGGAACCAAAACUCCAUCUGUGACAGAAUGGUGUCUGCCUCCCAAACAGUGUUAGGUGUUACAGUGUUACUUUCUGAGAAAACAGAGGUGUUAGCAAUAAGAAAUUACUUGUUAUCCAGUUUUUUUAUAUAUAUAAUAUCUAUACAUUCCGUUAGUUUCUCAAUUUGGUGUGUUUCACCGGGCCACAAAGAAAUCUGGAGCUCAGUAUCUUCAGCAUGGAGGUGGAUGGAGGUGAGGAGGUCAGACAUGAUGGUAUUGAAGGCCGAACUGAAGACCACAUAUAGGAUGUUUGUGUAAUUCCUAGAGUUGUUGAAGGAUGUAAUUAACUUAACUUAACUAGCAAAUGAUACCAGACCUCAGACCAGUCCUUAUUGAUGGUAGGUCGUUGGCAGAAAUGUUUUUUCAGAUUUUCCAAGUAGUGUUCCACCUAAAAAAGAAUUGUGCUAUUUAUUUGUCUGCUCAUUUAAUGAGAAAAAGAUUAAAUGUAGUUGCAAUAAAUCCAUUAAGAAUAUAUACAACCGAGAAGAACCAAUCAGCAGAAUCGAAUCAGAAAAGGGGGGUAUAAUACUCACCCAUGUGUAGAAGUAAAAUAUUUAAUCUGUUAAUUCAUAUUUCUACCCUUGAAUUAACAUAUUAAGCUUUUUUUUUUUUUGGGAGAGAAAAAAAAUAAAAAAAUAGUAAAUGAUACAUGGAUUUGAGUGAAAAAACCUUUUCUAAACAUCUCAGUUAAAGGGGUCAUAUGAUGCGAUUUCAAGUUUUCCUUUCUUGCAAUCAGUUAGUGUAUAGAUCCCUAAAGUUUCAAAACCAAAGAGAUAUUCUUCAUAAAAGUUAUUACUUAUCCACACACCCAGACUUCUCUACAUCACAGAGUGGGUUUAUUUUUAAACACAUGUAGCACCCUCACCGCCUGAUGAGGGGAAAUAAACACAUUAAACAGAAAAACCUUUGGGGUUUUUUUAACAACCACCACACUCUCCCCUUCAAAAAUAAAUGUCGUCCUGACAUUACACUCCCUAGUUUUUAUUGGUGUACAUACUGCAUGUUAACUAUAUCUACAGUUCUACAAUAAAGGUCUGUUUAGAGAACCA